AGAGCCGUGGAGGCCGGCCGGCGGGCGGGAGGGCGAGAGCGCGCACCCACACCGAGCGCGCAGGCUCGUCGCACAAUGGCGGAGCUGGGUAAGAAGUACUGCGUCUACUGCCUGGCUGAUGUGACGAGCCUGCGGCUCCGCUGCACCGAGUGCCAGGACAUCGAGCUCUGCCCCGAGUGCUUCUCGGCUGGCGCCGAGAUCGGGCAGCAUCGGCGCUGGCACGGCUACCAGCUGGUGGACGGCGGGCGGUUCACACUGUGGGGAGCCGAGGCGGAGGGGGGCUGGACGAGCCGGGAGGAGCAGCUGCUGCUCGAUGCCAUCGAGCAGUACGGCUUCGGCAACUGGGAGGACAUGGCCGCGCAUGUAGGGGCGCGCGCCCCGGCGGAAGUGAUGGAACACUACGUCAGCAUGUAUAUCCAUGGCAACCUGGGCAGAGCGUGCAUCCCGGAUUCCAUCCCGAACCGCGUGACUGACCACACGUGCCCGGGGGGCGGCCCCUUGUCGCCCAGUUUAACGGCUCCUCUGCCGCCGCUCGAUAUCACCGUGGCCGAGCAGCAGCAGCUCGGUUACAUGCCGCUGAGGGAUGACUACGAGAUCGAGUACCUACAGGACGCCGAGACCCUCAUUAGUGGCCUGGCCGUCAACUACGACGACGAGGACGUGGAUAUCGAGCUGAAGCGGGCCCAUGUUGACAUGUACGUGCGCAAACUGCGGGAGCGGCAGCGCCGCAAGAACAUGGCCCGCGACUACAGCCUGGUGCCCGCCUUCCUGGGCAAGGAGCGAAAGGAUCGGCCGCUCAAGCGCAAAGUGACUAAGGAGGAGAAGGAGCUGCGGACCAAGCUGCGGCCAAUCUGCCAGUUCCUGUCCGCCAAGGAGUUCGACGACUGCUUCGACAACCUGCACAAGGAGCGGGCGCUGCGGGCCAAGAUCCGCGAGCUGCAGCGCUACCGGCGCAACGGCAUCGCCAAGACCGAGGAGUCGGCCGAGUACGAGGCAGCCCGCCACAAGCGGGAGAAGCGCAAGGAGCUGCGCAACAGCGCGGCCGCCAAGCGCGGCAAGGACGAGGCCGGCAAAGAGGCUGCUGCCGCCGGCGCCACAGCGGAGUUCAACUCCAUGGAGAACCUGGCCGGCUUCGACCUGCUGUCCGAGCGGGAGAAACUGCUGUGCAGCUCCCUCAACCUCAGCCCCACACGGUACCUGACCGUCAAGACCAUCAUCAUCAAGGACUAUCUGCAGAAGAGGCAGGGCAUCCCUUCCAAGAGCCGCCUGCCCAGCUACCUCGACAAAGUCUUAAAGAAGAGGAUAUUGAAUUUCUUAACGGAGAGUGGUUGGAUUGCCCGGGACGCUUCUUGACACUGCUUUUUUUUCAUCUGGAGGAAAAUACUUUUUUUUUCAAUGCCACUAUGUCCCAAGAAAUGCCAAGUGUUUCUUUUUUAUCAAAGAAAGUCCAAAUGACUUUUGGUGUAGUGUGCAACAGGUAGUCAGCUGUGGAUAGGAAUACAUGGUUUUCAUACCGUGGAAUUUGACAAAUCGCAGCAAACUUUUUCAAGAUGAGCUAAAGUAAGCAAGCAUGUUAAUUAAGCCUUGUUUAAGACAGUUGAGCCAUUAAACGAGAGUGCCACCAAAAGUCAAAAGAUCUACCUGAAAAAAAAUGGUGGUUACAUCUGGCUGCUACCUUUUUGGGGUCACAUCCUGUAGCUUUACUGGCCCUAAAUCAACAAACUGUCCCAACCUUCAUCUACUGAUGAGCUGAGCAAGAACAUGCUAAUCUACAGACUGUUCAGGCCUCUUGGCAAGCCCUGAUUCUGGCAGAUAGCUAAAAGACUAUUGGAGUAGGAGGAGGGAAUAUAAUAUUGGAUAACUGUAUUUAAUCGAUUCACUAAGGGACUUCAGCAAAUCUUAUGGCCUGUUUGUGAUUCUGAUUUUUGCGGGGGGGGGGGUUGCAUUCUGUAAAACCUGCCCCAUGUAAGUUAGUGGCAGGCCCCACUAACUCUUGAAAACAAAAGCAAAUAAUUGUCAAAUGAACAGCCCGAAACUUUAUUCAAUGUCUGAAAGAUGUGCAAAACUUAGGCAGUUGUUGCAUUUUGAGUUUCUGCAUAACUGAUUUGUGGGAGUUCUUUUUUUUAAAACAAGGACAGCGAUGUUACAUCAGAGGUUCUAAUUUGUACAGUUCACUUCACAGAAGUCCUUUUGAUUUGUUUAAAAUGUAGAUUUUUGAAUGAUCCUGUACGACUCUAGCAAGAGUUCAUUGAGAAUCUGGGCCUCUUUCAACAGGGUGAAAAAUUAGUAGUGGUCCAUUGCACAAUGAAUCGGUGACAGGAGAUUGGCUCACUGACAUGUUCAAAUAUUAUUCUUAAAUGUUACUUAAACCUUUCAUGCAAAUCUUACAAAUUGCCUUCCAAGAAAUAUUUGUAAACAGUCAGUUUUUUAAGUUAUUAAAUCAAAUACUAAUGGCUUAUUUUUGCCACUUA